AAUAAAGGAAUGAGAUGACUUCAGCCACUCUUCUCUUCAUUCAUGACAUCUUAUCUACAGAUGGAAAGAUGCUGAACGCACCAAAAUGAAAAAUUCCUCUGUUUUGCUAACCCAUUUGGAUUCACUGCUACUUGUGCUUCUCAUCCUCUUAGCUUCUCCGGUGGCCGGCCAUCCCACAAAAAAGAAGACCCAGUUCGUGCUUGUUCAUGGAUCUUUCCAUGGGGCUUGGUCAUGGUACAAGCUCUCCACCAUUCUCCAAUCGUGGGGCCACAACGUCACCGCUCUCGACAUGGCUGCCUCCGGCAUCGACCCCAUACAGCCUAAGACUGUAUCCUCAGCCUUUCAGUACUUUCACCCCUUGACGGAGUUCUUGGCUGGUUUGCCCUCCGACGAGAGGGUGGUCCUCGUUGGCCACAGCUUCGGCGGCAUCGGAGUUGCUGCCGCUAUGGAGGAUUUCCCAGAAAAGAUCUCUGUUGGUGUCUUUGUCACCGCCACCAUGCCUGGUCCCAAUCUUACUCUUUCUGAUAUUCUGGUAGAGAAUGGGAAGCAAGCACCUCCGCCAUUGGACAGUCAUUAUGUGUACGACGAUGGAGAGGACAAGCCUCCAACGUCAAUCAUAGUCGGUUCAUUGACGUUAGCCAAACAUCUCUACUCACUCUCACCACCCGAGUCACAUAUGGAUGAUUCAAAGAGUAGAAUAUGGAAAGCAUUCCACCGUUGGUCUAUGGUUAUUAUAGUAUGUGAGUUACAAUUGUUUUUAAGUUAUUUAGAGUGCAAAUUACUUUAGUAUGGAUUAUUAUAAUAAUGUGUUUGAGAUGCAAACUAUUUUACUCUUGAUAUACGAAAUAGUUAUUGUAAUUAAAGAGAAAAUUAGAAAAAGAUGAGUAGAAAAUAGUAAUUAAAUAAUAUAAUACAUGGUAAACAUUCUAACAAAGAAAGAUUUGAAAUAGUAAAUAUUUUCCUAUUGAAAAUUCCAAAUAUAAAAGGUUAUUAUAAGAAAAAUUUGCAUCUCAUAUGCUCUUCAUCUCUCCACCAUGCCACACAAAAAUAAAAUUUAAAACUAUUUUUGUGUGGUAGAUAGAUGUAAAGUGCUUGUUCAUGAAUCAUUCAUUCAUGGAUGUGUUAUGCUAAGCUCUAAGUGAGCGACUUAAUGGGCGACUUGGACAGGAUUAUGCAAUAAAAUAGGCAUUUCCUACCUACGUGUUGUUGAAUUCUAAUAAUAUGCAUGUAGUACAAAUUUUCCUCUUUAUCGUCCAAGUGUAAGCAAAGAGGGGUUUCCUGAUAAGUCCAGAGUCGAACUAAGGGAAUUGGUGUUCCUAUUGAAACUAUCGCACAGCUAAACCUGUGCGGUAUACUCUAUACCAUAUGGAUAUGCACAGUAUAUUUGUCCUAACUAUAUACACUAAAGUGAAAUUGGCUGUGCAAGAUGAUCAUGACGAUAGAGUGUAAUGUGGUGUGUGAAAUCAUGUAACAGGCAUGUGACAUGAAAUAAUAUUUGAUUUCUUAAUCGCAAUGUACUGUGCACUAAUAUUUCGAAGCGAUACAAACAUCUAUUAACUUCAAAAUUAAGGCGAGCGUCCUUUCGAUGUUUUCGUCAUACUUGCCCGCCUCUCGUGAUCCAAAUAAUUAAAGUUAAGCCAUGAUUUGCAUUUAAUUUGGCUAUAUGCAUUACAAGCAAUUCAUCCUAAUUUAAGGCAAACGUCCUUUUGGUGUUUUCCCAUAUACAUUAACAUUACUCUAACUUAUGCGAAAGAUUCAUUUGGCGAUGAGGUUACUUUGUUACAAUCUCUUCGUCGUCUACUUCACUAAAUACGAGUUCUCACUUGUCAAGUGAUUACAAUCAAUGCAAUUGUCUUUCCUCUCUAAUAAACAAAGCUUUGAUGUUUGUGUUUGGUUGAAUAGAACUCGGAGAACACAUACCCAUAUUCUCUAAUAUUAAUAACACAUUACAUUGUUCAGAAACUAAUAAAAUGCAUAAAAGUGAAUAGCAACAGAAAGAUGGGAUAAUGGAAGUAGAAUGCAUCAAUAUUAUAAAUAAAACUUUAAUUUGGGCAUUUUGGCCAUAGAGUUAAUAUUACAACUUGAUACACAAAAAAUACAAAAUGAGUUACAUAGACAAUAGCAAGCCUUAGAAUAUGAUUUCUCUUUUUUCUUUUUCUUUCUUUUUUUUUUUUUUUAUGGAUUUUUGCUUGUUGAGACUGAAGGAAUGGAAUUUCCAAAGUAGAAGCGUAUGGACGCCGUGCAAAUGGAACUUAAUUUGUAAAACCCAAAAACAACAAUUCAAAGAAAAAACAAACUUAAAACCUAAGCAUGCUUCUAUUGAGAAAAAGGGAAAAAGAAACUAACCUUUGUAGAACCUCCAAGAAAUCUUCUCCAAAUUUUUCAAGAACACCACGAAAUCUUCCUUGUUAUUCUCAAGAAAAGAAUCUAAUAGAGAGAUGUGGAGCUUCUGUAAUUUUGGUGAGGGAAAAGUUUGAGAGAGAAUUUUUUUUCUCUCUUUGGAACACAGAGAACCAUAAAAUCAGAAUGAGAAUACGAAUACUGAGUAAUUCUGCAUAUCUCAACCAAUUUAAGAGAGAUGGGGGAAGUUAUCAAAAUAACUCCCUCACUCUCUCUACAUGUAAAAUAACUCACUUUAGAGUAAUUUUAUUAAUUAAAUAUAUAUUAAUAAAAUAAAAUUAAUAUAAAUUUGGUUCAUAUUAUAUCUCAUAUAAUAUAAAUUUAGUUCAUAUUAUAUCUCAUAUAAUAUAAACUUUAUAUUAUAUGAGAUAUAAUAUAAGCAAUAGUUUAAAUCUCUCAUAUAAUCUAUAGUGCUAAUAUAAAUCAAAUCCAUAUUAACUUAACGUAUAGUUUAUUUAUGAAUCUUAUUCAUAUUAUUAAUAUUAUUAGAAUCAUAUUCAAAUAUUAACUUCUUUCAUAAAAACUUUAUAUUAUAAUGUAUCAAAUACAUUAAUAAUAUCAUAUACAAAUCAUUCUCUUUAAUCAAUUUGGAAAAUUCAAAUUAAAAUAAAAUAAAUUUUCAUUCUUAUUUAUCCUUAUUAAGCUAACAAGGGGAUCUUAUGGACCUAACAAAUUGAAUCUCCAAUAAAAUGAGAUUAAUUAAUUAAACUCUUUAAUUAAAUUAAUCUCUAUUCAUCAACUAUUAGUCAUUCCAUUAAAGACUAAUAGUUGCACUCUUCUUACUGUAGAUAUAUUUUUGUGUCCAUUAGAUAUAAUCAAUCAAUAGUGCAAUGACCCUUUAUAAAUUGCUCGUAAGUACAGCUAGGCCAAAAAUUACUGUUUUGCCCCUGUAAUUACAUCUAGCUCCUUAAGUACCACUGAUUCCUCUAAUGAAUAAUAAUUAUUGUCUUACUAUAACUGAACUCCUCUCAGGCCAAGAGAGGGUGUGGCGCCACAUUGUUCAAACCCUAGAAUCAGCUUUAAGAGAGCAAUUUCUCUACCUACUCUAUCUAUAGAGAAGGAGUGAAUUCCUUCUUGUGUAGUUGUGUUCCUAGCUCCCCAAUCAGACAAAUCCCCAAAAUGGUAGGCACAUUGGGUCAGCGACAUAGGCCACUCUCACCCAUGCAAAUCAAAAGACCGCCUUAAUAGACAGGAGUUCACAACUCACUCAGGAUUCAGGUCAAGUCACCUAUGGUCAUCUUGGUAAAAUGUAAAUCUCAACUAGUAACGGUGUUAAUAAGAAAGACUAUUCAUUUCAUGGUCUGAUCUUAUACAAACUCUUUGUAUAGAAUACCCCCGCUCUAAUAUCUCGACACGAAUGAUUAAGAUCAAAUCAUUUGUAGUACUUUAGAACAAUUGUAACAACUACAAAGCAGGUUGUAUUCGUAGUGUCACCAGGAUAAGGUGUCCAACCUUAUCCAUUUACUACAGACCAUUUAGGUUAUCACUUAAACAUGAUCCACUUGUAUCCAAAUACAUGUUUAGGUUACAGAAGAUAACCUUGGAUGUUAGUUUAUUAGUUUUGUGAGUUAAUACAACUAAAUGUCAAAUAAAAUAAAAUACCUUAUUUUAUUAAAUAAAUAAAAUGUUUGAUAUAUUAUACAAACUACAUGACCACAAGAUUUAGGGCAUCAACCUCAACAGAGACGAGAGAAAAUGGGUGAGGUAAGUCUCUCUCUCUCUCUCUCUCUCUCUCUCUCACAUCCAUGCCUUAUUAGUUGAACAUGUCUCCUUGCUUAACGUUCUAUCGCCAAGCCCUACUUCUUUCUGCCUAAAAUCUUGCGAUAAGACACAUAGGACGCAAUAAAACAGGGAUAAAGUUCUUUUGUAAUCUACGAUACACAAGUUAGUCAAAUCUUCUACUUCUACCCGUGUUUUCUUCCAUUCUUAUGUGAUAGGGCUUCAUUAUUUUACAUAACAGGCUACAAUAACUUGUAUUUCUACAAGUUAUCAUAAAGCAUAUGAGAUAGGUGCAUCUAGUCAUUGCUCUUGUAGCUACUACUCCACCAAUUUUAAGUUGUAGGCUAAAAUGCUCUUAUAUUAAAAAAAAAAUGAUUCAAACAACUUAAUUUUAUUUGAAAGUUUAAAGUAAAUAGGUACAAAAAUUUUGAGCAAGUAAAUAAUUGAAAUUAAGUAGUAGUUGUAAUGCAACUAAAGUCUCAUAUCAGUUAGAUAAAGGAUGAUCAUAUUGGUAUAUACGAGGACAACUAUCUCCAUUGGUAUGAAAACUUAUAGAAUUGUAAGAAAAGCAAAGUCAUGAGGGUGUAUAUGUUAGAAUUUAUGUCCUAAAACUCGUUGUUUGUAGUUUAAAUUAUAUUGUAUUCAAUAAAGUGGUUAUCGAUGACUUAUUAGUAAAAAUAGAAUAUUAUAUUCUUGAAUCCAAUAAACUAAGGUCCUGAGGCUAUCUAGUAUAGAUUUGAACUUUAUGUAGAGACAUAAACGUGGAUCAAGUUUGAGUUUAUAGCCCAAACGAUUUAUAGUGUAUGAAUAAGGUUGAGCGCCUUAUUCUAGGGACACUACGGAUGCGGCCCGCUCUGUAGUUAGUACAAACAAUGUGAUCUGAAUCGUUCAUGUAGAGAAUUGGAAGUGGGAGCAUUCUAUGUAAAGAGUUUACAUAAGAUUGGAAGCAUGAAAUAGUCAUUGUUAACUUAUAACACCAUACUAUAUAAAACUGACUAUUUUGUUAUUGAUGAUCUAUGUAACUUAAUCUUAAUCACUACUAGAAAAAAAUCCUUUCUUGACGGUUGAUUUUUUCUUUUCUUGACAGUUUUUGGAAAAGCCGUCAAGAAAAGGGUGGUUUAAUAGAAAAAAUGUCAAGAAUUUUGAUGAAAAGGCGGAGGGGAGGCAAUUUUCAGAAUUCUUGACAGUUUUAAACCGUCAAGCAAUAUGAACGUUUUUCUUGACUGUUAUAAACUGUCAAGGAUUAUCUUCUAAAUUCUUGACGUUUUUAAAACGUCAAGAUUUAUUAUAAAAUCGAUAUUCUUGACGUUUUUCAAACGUCAAGUAUAAUGUAAUUAUACUUGACGUUUUAAAAACGUCAAGAAAUAUCGACUACAUUCUUGACGUUUUAUAAACGUCAAAAAAUAUCGAUUAAAUUCUCGACGUUUUAAAACAUCAAGAAUUUUAAUGAAAAGGCGGAGACUGAGAAAUUUUAAAAUUUCUUGACAUUUUUAAAACGUCAAGUAAGAGAAUUCUCCUUGACGUUUCAGAAACGUCAAGAAUUACUAAAUUAAUUGAAAAAAAUAAAAAUAUAUAUAUUUUUAAAAAAAAAACUAAUUUCUUUUAACUUUUUAAAUAAAAUACUAACUUCAUUUAAAAAAAAAUUAAACCCCGAAUUUUCUGAUCAUUUUUCUUGACGUUUUAUAAACGUCAAGUGCUAUUAAAUAUAUAAAAAAGAAAAUAUUAGGUUAACUUCUUCAAAGCCCUAAAUUUGUCCCUGCCCUUUCGAAAUUGUAAGUUACACUAGAUCCCUCACUUGUGCCGUGUUCACCAUCCAUCCGUCCGCGUUCACCGCCGUGUUCCACCUCUCAAAAAAUGCGUACCAAAUCCUUCCCAUUUCGUUCGUCCGUUCGACUCUCUCCCUGCCACCGCCCUCUCCGAUUCUCUCUGUGCCUCCGUCUUCGACUCUCUCCCUGUUGCCAUGUCUCCAUCUCUCUCCCCUUCCUCUCAAUCUACAUUUUGUUACAUUCUUGUUCUUCUCCUUAGGGCUUUCAUUUCUCCAUGUUUCAAUCGAUUAGUUUGUAAUUUUCCUUAAAUUUCUUUGUUCUUAAUAUGAUUUCCACCUCAAUUUUUCUAGGGUUUUUAAUUGUAGCUUGUGAUGUGUCACAUUCCAACCUAAAGAGUUCUUCUUCCUCUUUAUAUAAAAACAAUUCCAACCUAAGGAAGCUUUGUAUUUAUAAAAGACGCCAUGUACAAGAGACUCUAUAAGUCGGCAAUCCUUCCAUUUCCUAUGUACUUUGCAACUGAUGGUGAGGACACAGACAAGUUGGAACCUCUUGUUGCUGAUCUUGGAGAAGUAGAUCCAUUUAUGAUUGGAGAUUGAUUAGGAGUUAGCCUUCAGCGCAAGUUGUGCACUUUGCUCUGCUUUUUCCUUUUAUUGAUGGUGUUUGUAGGUAUGCUUAUUGACCAACCCUUACGGGUAGUCAAUUUCACUAUAGAGAACUGCAGUCGGAGGAUCUCUACGAGGUGAUCGAAUCUUCUAAUCCGAUGGUUAAAUGUUGCGUGAAAUGUUGCGACGAGGCCAAGGUCAAACAAUUUGGUUUAAAACUAUGUGGAGAAGUCCCAAUGGCACAAUUAUGGAAUAAACUCAUUCUCAUUUAUUGAUUUCGACAACUAUUUUUUCAUCCCCAAACCUUUUAUUUUCUAUCAUUACUUUUUAUUUCUAUUCAGUUCCAGAAAAUAGGGAGACAUGAAGAGAGCUUGAGGUUUGAGACUUCAAAGGAUCAGGCAUAGCACUUACAAUUGAUAAUGUGGAUGAGCUUUCAUUCUCUGCAUCCAACUUGCGCGACCCAGAUAUAUUCUCUAAGGUCGGUGGCAGGUUGAUGUUCUGACUUCAAAAACAAAUUUCAUUAGACAAUCUAAUGUUCUCGAGCAACGAGAAAUACUCAACAAAUGCCAGAGUAUUAUAAAAGAGGAUUGGAAGAUCAAAUAUUGGAGGCUGGAGCAGAUAUUUUGGUUACUUCAUCUUAUCAGAUUGGCUCUGCUGUUGGUGACACUUAUUUUAGCUCAUGAAUUGGAGGUAGUAGAGGAUGCAGAAUGCAAGUUUAUUUGAAGCCAAGUUUCAUUCAAGGUCAUUGAGUUCGGUUGAUAGAAGUAAUGUUUUGUAUAUGACAAUAUCGAACAAAUAUGUAAAAUUUUCAAAAUGUUGAUACAUAUGUGGUAAAAUGUUAAUAUAUGUUAAAGUUUUGGAA